AUGGCCCCGACCCUGCUCCAGAAGCUCUUUAACAAAAAGGGCAGCGGCAGCGGCGGCAGCUCCGCGUCGGCGUCUGCCCAGGGCAGGGCUUCCAAGGAAGGACCCGCGUUUAGUUGGUCAUGUUCGGAGUUGGACUUGAACGAGAUCCGCCUGAUAGUUUACCAGGACUGCGAAAGGAGAGGCAGACAAGUCUUGUUUGAUUCUAAAGCGGUUCACAAGACUGAGGAGGUGGCAACCCAGAAAUCAGAGGAUGCCCCUAUUAAACUGGCAGCCAAGUGUUGUCAGGGCAGUGGCGGCAGCGGCAGCCUCUCAUCCCAGAGCUCUUCCGGGGGAUCUCUACAGCACGCCAAGGAGCAGCUCCCAAAGUACCAGUACACAAGACCAGCUUCUGAUGUCAACAUGCUAGGGGAAAUGAUGUUUGGCUCAGUCGCAAUGAGUUAUAAAGGCUCCACUUUAAAGAUACACUAUAUCCGUUCUCCUCCACAACUGAUGAUGAGUAAGGUAUUCUCUGCUAGAAUGGGCAGCUUCUGUGGGAGUACGAAUAACUUGCAAGACAGCUUUGAAUACAUCCACCAGGAUCCUAAUUUGGGAAAACUGAACACAAAUCAGAAUAAUUUGGGUCCUUGUCGUACUGGGAGUAACCUAGCACAUAGCACUCCGGUUGACAUGCCGAGCAGAGGACAGAAUGAAGACCGGGACAGCGGCAUUGCCAGAUCAGCCUCACUAAGCAGCCUUUUGAUUACACCUUUUCCAUCUCCAAGCUCCUCUACAUCCUCUUCCAGCAGUUACCAGCGCCGCUGGCUUCGAAGUCAGACAACAAGUUUGGAAAAUGGCAUCAUUCCAAGGAGGUCGACGGAUGAGACAUUCAGCCUGGCUGAAGAAACGUGCAGUUCUAAUCCAGCCAUAGUUCGGAGGAAGAAAAUUGCCAUAAGCAUCAUCUUCUCUCUGUGUGAGAAAGAAGAAGCACAAAGGAAUUUCCAGGACUUCUUUUUUUCUCAUUUUCCCCUGUUUGAAUCUCACAUGAACAGGCUGAAGAGUGCCAUUGAAAAGGCCAUGAUCUCCUGCAGGAAGAUAGCAGAAUCAAGUCUCCGUGUCCAAUUCUAUGUCAGCCGUCUGAUGGAAGCUCUGGGAGAAUUCAGAGGAACGAUCUGGAACUUAUAUUCUGUUCCAAGGAUAGCUGAACCUGUAUGGCUUACCAUGAUGUCCAGCACUUUGGAAAAAACCCAGCUCUGCCAGCGCUUUCUCAAGGAGUUUACACUUCUGAUAGAACAGAUCAGCAAAAACCAGUUUUUUGCUGCCUUACUGACUGCAGUGUUAACCUACCACCUGGCCUGGGUCCCGACCGUCAUGCCUGUUGAUCACCCUCCCAUUAAAGCCUCAGAGAAACGCACCUCUCAGUCCGUGAACGCACUGGCCAAAACACAUCCAUAUAAUCCUCUCUGGGCACAGCUGGGUGAUCUUUACGGAGCUAUUGGCUCUCCAGUGAGGCUGACUCGCACCGUCGUGGUGGGGAAGCAGAAGGAUUUGGUCCAACGCAUACUUUAUGUCCUGACCUACUUUCUCCGUUGCUCUGAGCUGCAAGAGAACCAGCUGACCUGGAGUGGGAGUCACGGUGAAGGUGACCAAGUGUUAAAUGGGAGCAACAUCACCACAGCCUUGGAGAGGGGAGAGGUAGAGGAGUCUGAGUAUGUGGUGGUCACGGUGAGAAGUGAGCCUGCUCUCCUUCCCCCUAUCCUGCCACCUGCUAUGGCCGAGGGAAGGAGCCCCAGGCCUGAGGGGCUGGGUGUGUCCCCAGAGGGCACCGACAUUAGAGACCUAUGUUCCAAACCUGACAAAGAAGGACACAAAAGGCCAGAGCAGAGUUCUCAGGCCUGCAGCAUGGGAUUCCAAGAGCCAGCCUUGGACAACUCUCGGAAACCUCAGGGCACAUUUUGUGGAGAGGAAGAAAGUGAAAACGAGGCACCACGAGAUGGCUCUUCAAGACUCUUCAGCUGUGAGGGGCUGGGGGCAGGAGUGAAGAUCAGCCAGCAGACUGUCAGUGAGGACUUGAAAGGGGAGAUGCCUAAGAAACUCGCAGACCGGUCCGCAGCCUGGCCUUGCCCUGACAGACAUUCCUGGGAGAAACCCCCCGUACAGAAGGUCACUUUCCAAAUUGGAAGUUCUGUAUCUCCAGAGUCUGACUUUGAAAGCCACACACAAAAAAUGGAGAAGCGGCUAACGGCCUGUAGACAAUAUCCAGAGUUAGCCUGCCAUCCCUUGGCUAAGUCCAGGACGGCCGCUGACAUGCCUCAGGACCUGCAGGUUUCUAGGUGCUCCUUCUCACCUGGCUUCCAGAAGAAUGUCCACUGUCCUCAGAGUCCAUCUUGUGAGAGGGAUGAAGGUGCAUUUGAGAGGGAUUUUGCUGAGGACAGAGGCAUGAAAACCGAGGUUGUAGCAGAUGCUGCUGGGCAGCUCGACCCGUCUGCUGACUCACUGGCACCUGACUGCAGUGUGGCAGGAAUUGGAAUGAGGAUGCCGGAGAAAACAAGACGUUUGCAUUUGAAGGAUGCAGAAGGACCUUUGCUACAGCCUGUUCCAAGCAGGUGUGCACAGCAGGACUCUGGUUUCUCGGGCACUGCAGAUGUCCCCUGUGGGGAUGCCAACAGGAAGGCCAACUUCAGGAUGGAAGGAGACAUCCCCAGAAACGAAAGCUCAGAUAGCGCUCUUGGAGACAGUGACGAGGAAGCGUGUGCUUCAGCAUCGCUGAAUCUGGAGCACAGUGAUGACCGGACUGAAGGGUCCUUGGAAGUGGAGCUGCCUCUGCCAAGGUCUCAGAGCAUCAGCAACCCAAAUGUAAGAAACUUUGGCCGCUCACUUCUGGCAGGCUAUUGCCCCACGUACAUGCCUGAUCUGGUGCUUCAUGGGACCAGCAGCGAUGAGAAGCUGAAGCAGUGUCUGGUGGCCGAUCUGGUCCACACAGUCCAUCACCCAGUGCUUGACGAGCCGAUUGCCGAAGCGGUCUGUAUUAUCGCAGACACGGACAAGUGGAGUGUCCAGGUAGCCACAAGUCAGAGGAAGGUGACGGACGGCAUGAAACUGGGCCAGGAUGUCUUGGUCUCGAGUCAGGUGUCCAGUUUGCUCCACUCCAUUUUACAGCUUUACAAGCUUCACCUCCCUGCUGAUUUUUGCAUCAUGCAUCUUGAAGAUAGACUACAGGAGAUGUACCUUAAAAGUAAGAUGCUGUCCGAAUAUCUUCGUGGACACACACGAGUCCAUGUGAAAGAAUUAGGUGUCGUACUGGGGAUUGAAUCCAACGACCUGCCUCUGUUGACUGCUAUUGCCAGUACUCAUUCUCCUUACGUCGCUCAGAUACUCUUAUAAGCUAAAGCUCAGGACAGUUUUUCCUUGGAAGAAAAAAAAAACAUCAGAUUCUCAACUGAAGGUGAAAGGAAUAAGCUCUCUGUGACGUCAAAAGCAUGAGAAGAGCAAACAAACAGUCAUUCC